CGGACAUAAGCGGCAGAAAACAGUAACGCUUGCGUGAGUCGGGAUCGAUCCGACUACUUCCGCGCUUCGACCCGCCGCCAAAUCCGUGUCGUAGCCGUGGAGAAGCGUCACCAUGCAGCCUCCUCCGAGAAAGAGUAACUACGCGAAGUUUUUGAAGAACUUGCAUGCUGAACAGAUUACGAAGUUACAUGCAAAGAAUCAACAUGAAUGCGAUUUGCUCGAGGACUUGCGAACCUAUACUAUCAAAAGGUCCGCGAUCGAAAAAUCGUACUCAGAGGCGCUUUUGAAAAUAUCUUCAGCCUAUCUCAACAAGAAAAUACCCAACAUACCUGAUCUGAAAGUAGACGGUGCUGAAGAAAAAUGGAAUAUGUGGAACGUAUGGCGAACAGUUCUAGAAGAGAACGAGAAGCUGGCGCGUGCACGCUUAGCUGCUGUUGAGGUGUUCCAGCAGCAGAUUGCUGACGAGGCUAAAAUGUUACGACAACAUAAACUUAAUGUUGCUAAAAAGUGUACAGACUCUCUCGCUCAAGCACACAAAGAACUACAGACAAGUGUGAUGGACGUUGAUAAAACGAAGAAGUUUUACUUUGACGAGGAACACACUGCCCAUGAUGUCAGAGACAAAGCUAAAGAUAUAGAGGAAAAAUUAAAGAAGAAAAAAGGUUCAUUCUUUCAAUCUAUUACUUCGCUGCAAAAGAACAGCGCAAAAGUUUCCUCACGACGCGAUCAAUUGGAGGAAAAGUCGACAGGGGCAAGAAAUGACUAUCUCUUGAGCAUUGCAGCAGCUAAUGCUCACCAGAAUCGCUAUUUUUUGGUAGAACUACAAUCUUGUAUGCAAAAUAUGGAGGCAGCUGUAUAUGAAAGAGUAUCGGACUUUUUAACAUUGAUGGGUCGAACUGAGCUGCUUACUUGUUCUGCCACUCAACAUUCUUUCGGAAAAAUAAGAGAUCAAGCUCAACAACUCACAAGGGAAUAUAACUUACAGUGUCUAUACUUGUAUUACCCUGUUCUGAAGCAACAUAUUCAGUACGACUUUGAGCCUUGCGAUAAUGACCCAGUUGAUACAGUUACAAUGGAGCAAGAAUCAGUCGUACAAACUUUAGCUCAAGAAGCUAGACGCUGGGCAACAAGAGUUGUACGAGAAACUGCUGUCGUGAGAGAUGCCACACGCAAGUUACAUUUAUAUCAGGCUAUGAGAGAUGCGGGCCAAAAAGUUGACCCCAACGAUCCAAAUGGACCAGAAUUGGAAGUUCGUAUGGAUGAAUUACGUUCAAAUAUAAGACGUUCAGAAACGUCUAAAGCUAAAUAUGAAGCAAGAUUAGAAUGCUUGAGGGUGAGCGGAGCCCCUGUUGAUGAAUGGCUGAAGGAAGUCGACUUACUCGCUGUCCAAGAAACUUUGCCUCGAAGUAGCAGCUUAGCCAGUGUCAGAACAGAUGCAUCAGGAGCAGCAGAUCCACCUAGCUCGGAUUCAUUCUAUGAUAGUGAUAAUACGGAAGGAGAAGCACCGACAACUUCAGCUGUGGCGACAACAUCCGGACAUCAACGCACAACUUCAGGCUCACAGCACGAAGAUGAGCAGGAUGAAGAUGAAGAUGCUGAAUUAGAAGAAGACCGUAUGCGCAUUGAACAGAUUACUGCGGGUUGGGAUGACCCAACGCAAGUGAACUGGGGAGAAGCAGAGUCUGAAGCACCAGCUACACAGGAUGCUACUGAAACUCCAGCACCAAAUCCCUAUAAAUGCACAGCACUGUAUUCUUACACGGCCCAAAAUCCAGAUGAACUUUCUAUUAUUGAAAAUGAACAAUUAGAGGUAGUAGGCGAAGGUGACGGGGAUGGUUGGUUGCGAGCACGUAAUUAUCGGGGCGAAGAAGGCUACGUACCACAUAAUUACUUGGACAUAGAUCGAGAACAGCCCUCUACCACACCUGGUUUGGUGACACAGAUUUCCUUCUCGUCAGUGGAUUACACAGUUGAAGGUGAAGAUGCAGAUGUAGUGCAAUCUCCAGAUCAGAUUUCAGUAAUCUCAGCUCCUGUUGUCAAGCCCGAAGAGCCAAAAGUUGAACAGCAAAAGAUUAUUGAACCGAAAGCUGAAACAUUGCCUACUCUUGGCUAUUGCUUCGCGCUGUAUGACUACGACGCAGAGGCUUCUGACGAGCUAAAUCUGGAAGAAGGCCAGAUAAUCCGUAUCACUUCGCGGGACGCACAUGGAGUAGAUGACGGUUGGUGGCGCGGUGAAGCCAAUGGUGUGAUUGGUAACUUCCCCUCAUUAAUUGUCGAAGAAUGUGACGAGAACGGAGAGCCCUUGAGUGGGGGAGACGAUGAUUGGACUCAUAUUAGCUCAGAGGCGCCAGUUUUUGCUUCACCUCCCGGAUCCCCAGGUGGUGGAUUUGCUGACGACCAGAUCGAGAUAGACAACAACAAUGUUAAAAAUGCGGCUCCCCCUGCGGCACCCCCGCCACCACCACCUGCCGACAUGGGAGACUCAAUGGACAGCCAGCCAGACUUCAGUUUUAAUCUAGAAUUAAGUAGGAUCCAGCACAGUCAAUAUGACACUCAGUUCUCGGCUUCACAGCAACCCGCUGCGCCGGCCAUUAUCGUCGAUGAGGUUGUCGGCAUUAUUGAAGACGAGGACGACGAGACACCCCCCGACCCUCUGCCGAAGCCAACACCGCCAAAAGUUGAAUUACCAGUAGACGAGUGCGGUUUGGGUGUAGCACAAAUAGUCAUAACAGCAGCCACCCCAAUGAUAGAAGAACCAGAGCAACCCUUCCCGCCCUCGGAGGCUGCCGCUGAACAUCAACAAGAAGAAGCAGAGCCUGAGACCGAACGUGCUGACGAUAACGAUGAUGAUGAGUCCUCUUUAUCGGAACAGACCGCGGUGUGCUUGCGUGAGGAAGAAGGUCACGCCGAUUCGGCUCCUCACCCUGCGUCAAGUUCGACAGGCUCGGAGGGCGAUUCAACGGGAGCUUCUGUCGGCUCUGGCCCCCCAACUGCGCCCCAAUCCCCCCCAUCAGCCCCACGCGCCGGUCGAGCUUCUAUUCCUGAUGAACUCGAACCAGCUCAGCUCGCGAGACUCACAGAUCUCAAAGAGUCAAAUGCUUAACAUGACCCUGCUGACUGAACACAAUUUGUAAACAAGUCUCAAAAUUUUAUAUUCAACAAUUUACUAUUCACUAAUAUUAGAUACCUUCGUGCAUUGAAUACCUUUGAAUCUUCUAUAGCUCGUGUUACUGAUAUCUGAACUGUUACUGAAAAUAUUAAGAAUUAUUUCCCUAUUACUAUUACUAUCUAUACUAUAAUUUGAUAUAAUAGACAAGUAGUCUAUUAUAUGAAAUUCUCGUGUCGCGGUGUUUGUUACCAAACUCCUCCGAAACAGCUCAACCGAUUUGAAUGAAAUUUUUUGUCUGUAUCGGAUAAAUCUAAGAAUCGGCCAAGAUCAAUUUUUUUAUACCCAAGUUUUUUUGCAAUUUUUUUAUUAAUUCAUAUAGCAAUACAACGUUUCCCGGGACAGCUGGUAUAUAUUAUAUAUUCUUUGGUAACUAAUUAGUAACUACCGUCAAAUACUAGUACUUCGUAUGGAAGACGGUAAAAAGACGGAGAAAAGAAAGAGAAGACGGUAAUACACAAGCUAAAGAAAGGCAAACAUUCAACUAAGAUUGAAGCAUCAUAGACAUUGCUUAAUAGCCUGGUAAGAUGAAAUGCUUUCAUUAAUUUUUGCUGUUUUACCUGCUAAUAGUAGUACCAAAGAUAAAAAUAUAAUUUAUGACUAGUUACUCGUCCAGUCAGUAGUUAUAUGGGAAAUAAUUACUGUGCAUAUUAAUUAUCGAGAUGAUAGUACCACGGGUUACAGUAUUUCGAACAGUUAAUGUUAUUUUUGAUCAUUCUCACAAUGCAAUUGAACAUUAUUAUAACACUAUUAAUAUAUCUCAAUACGGUUCAUAAUAAGCAAUAUAUUAUAUCCAGUGAUUUUAAAAGCAAUCUGUUAAAUUUAGCGAUAAAAUAUUAGUUAUAAUAUAUAUCUAUAUUUAAACUGAAUUCGUUUUGCCUUAUUAUAAAUGUUACCCAAUAUUUAAGCAACAGUUACACAACCGAAAGGUUCCGUUUAAUAGACUAUAAUAAUUAUAAUGUUUAAUAAGGUCGUUCAUAUAAAAUAAUACUAAUAAAUGAAAUAUUGUAACACUCAUUUAAUAUAUUACUUUUUGCAAUAUUUAUAUAAAAAUUGUAAAUCAACGUCAAAAGGUCACGCUCUGAAGUCUGAAGUGAAUAAUGCAUAACUUUGAACCCUUCUCAAUAAAUGAAUAAAUUCAAAAAAUAUAAAACCUAUAAAAUAUGCCUUAACUAAAUAACAAUAUUUGGAGUGAAAUUAUUCCUAAGCGGGGUCAUGUAGACAUAUAAAUUGUAUAUAAACAAAUACAUACUUUUACUAUAAUAUAAAAAGUAUGUCGUGACACAAACCAAUAAUACUCUCUAAUAAAUAAUCAAACAAUAUGUUGUGUUAGUAAAUUUAUUUUUUAAUAUUAUUAUUAAAAAAUAAAUAGUUAUCUAUUGUGCGCCUAAGAAAAAAUAUACUGAAAACUAAGUUAAAGGUAAAUUAAUAAAUUUUCUUUCUAACUUAACAAUUAGUGUAAUCUGACCGUUCUCUAUCUAAAUACAAACAUUUGUAUUUUAUAUACCUACUGACUCAAAGAUGUUUAAAUUUAUUGCAAUAAAUAUAGUGGUAGGUAAUGGAUCGUAGGUAAAUAUAUUAUAGUCUAUCUGUAGUCCAUUAUUAAUGAACUACCAACACGUUACACGUAGAUAAUUCAUUCUAUUUUCAACAUAUAAUUUUCCACAUUUGCGUAACAAAUGACUUAUGAUCCUCAAAAUAUGGUAGGUUUGCAGUCACUUCAAAAUUCAAAAAUAUAGUGUGUUUAAUAAU